AUGUGGAAGACAGCUUGUUAUUCCACUCUCUUGCUUUCGCAAGCGAAAAGUUUGGUCAUCAAACAGUCGCCUCGGGUCAGUCAUCUUUCUCGUCCGAUUGUUCGAUCCGUCCCUGAGUCCAGCAACAACAACAACAAUAAGUACACCUACUCUUCAACAAGACUCCUAUCAUCGUCUUCGUCUUCGUCGUCGUCGUCCACCACUGAUGAUGUCUGGAAAGAAACAGCACAAGUUUAUUCGGACCAAGCAUCUCGUUUGACACAAUUGCAUGGUUCGGAUCUCAUUACGAUUCUCCGAAAUGAUAUUAUGAAUGCCAAGACAAUCCUGGACGUUGGUGCCGGUGCGGGGGCCUUUGCGCAUGCCUACCUGCAACAUUUUCCCACUGGUAUUCCUGGUCAGACAUUGAUCCUAUCUGAUCUCUCCGAAGGAAUGCUCGAACAAGCCAAGAAAACUCUCAAAAUUCCAUCCGACUACCAAACCAAAAUCAUUUUUCAAAUUGAAGAUGGAACCAGAUUGGAAGGUAUUGAAACGGACUCAAUGGACAUGGUGGUAAGUACGUUUGGUGUCUUUCUGAUUCCCGAUCAAGAGGCGACACUUGCUUCCAUUCAGCGUGUUAUGAAACCAGAAGCCGUGUUUGGCAAUGCCUCCUGGAUUUGGGAAGGUUCUUCCAAAUUGGCUUCCAUGGGAUUUGGGGUCACACUCCAAGAAGCAUUUACGAAACCUGUUGAUACAAUCAAUCCAAGCCAUAGCGAGGAAGCAAUUGGUCCUCUAAAGAAGUGGUCCGAUGCGGACGAAGUCGAACGAAUGCUAACCGCUGACUACAAAUUCGAUUCAGUCAAGAUGUACCGAGCGUUGCACAGCACAGUUUGGGAAUAUGAUAAUCUUUGGGGUAUGAUUGAAAACAACCCCAUGACUAAUAUGAAGGAUUUGUCACCAGAAGACGAGGAACGUGCCAAAUCAGCCUUUCAAAAGUUUGUGACACAGGAUGGCGCAUACAGUACUGAUGAACCGCUCAUGAUCUCUUCUGCUUCGAAUCUUGCCGUUGCCCGAGGAUUGCCAGCUUGA